AUGGCCGUUUGUUCAGCAUGCCGAACGGUGCUCCGGCGCCAUAUCGACAUCCUCCAGAAAUUGCGCCAGCGCCGGGCGCAUUCAACGAACAAUACCCCGACGACGGCGACCAAGGCUGGACAGCAGCAGCACCAAAUCCCGACCCCGAAUAAUGUGCCGACGCUCAAUUUCUGGCAGAGGUUGGGGCCGUUGACGAGGGCAGCCCAGGCGUAUGCCCGCGCCCAGCGGAAGAGGCCAUAUGUGACGCAGGUGUGCACGUCGUUGGUCAUCUACCUGUGCUCCGACAGGAAAAAGUCCAGCUUGCGCGCAUUACAAAAAUUCCCAAACUUCGUUCACCACUUGCCGAUUCCGGCCGCCUCUCGUUCUCGAGCCAUUGAGCGCUGGCUGGCCCGGCUCUCGUCUUCAAGAUGGCCCGAUACAUACCUCCGCGCCCAACGGUCACUCGCAGCCACCUUUCAACCCUUUGCCCGAGCCCAACCACGACUCAACAGCCAUGCCCCUCGACGACUUGCCUCGACAGCCUCUUCCUCCGCCAAGCGCACCCCCUCCACAGCCCGUAAUGUCUUCCUCACCACCCUCCUCGCCACCACCGCAACCGUAACUUACUACUACGCCACCGACACCCGCGCCUCCAUCCACCAAUGGCUCGUGCCCCGCCUCAUCCGGGUGCUCUUCCCAGACGCCGAAGACGCGCACCACGCCGGCACGGCCGCCCUCAAAACCCUCUACCCGCUGGGCCUGCACCCGCGCGAACGGCCCCCCUUCCCCGAGGACGCCCACCCGGCAACGGGCACCAACCCACUCGCGGUCACCGUCUUCGGCACCACCCUCGCCAACCCGAUCGGCAUCUCGGCGGGGCUCGACAAGGACGCCGAGAUCGCGGACCCGCUGUUCGCCCUGGGCGCCGGCGUCGUCGAGGUCGGCGGCUGCACGCCCCUGCCGCAGGCCGGCAACCCGCGCCCGCGCGUCUUUCGCGUCCCCGCCGUCGACGGCUUGGUCAAUCGGUAUGGGCUGAACUCGCGCGGGGCGGAUGCGAUGGCGGCGCGGUUGAGGGAGCGGCUGCGCAAGUUUGCGCGCGGGUUGGGCCUGUCGGAGCGGGAGGUUUUGGAGGCGGGGGAGGAGGAGGGUGGGUGUGCCGACGGGGAGUCUGUUGCCGGGGAGGCUGCUCGGCUGGCGCCGUAUGCGGAUGUGUUGGUUGUCAACGUCAGCAGCCCGAAUACUCCCGGGUUGAGGGACCUGCAGGCGGCGGAGCCGUUGGCGAGGUUGUUGGGGGCUGUGGUGGACGAGGCGAAGAGGGCCAAGCGGAAGGUGAAGCCCAGGGUGAUGGUCAAGGUGUCGCCGGACGAGGAUGAUGAUACCCAGAUGGAUGGCGUGGUGCAGGCGGUGUGGAUGAGCGGGGUGGAUGGCGUGAUUGUGGGCAACACCACGAAACGGCGGACGGGGCUGGUCAAGGAGGGCAUCAAGUUGACGGGUAGGGAACAGAAGGCGCUGGUAGAGGACGGGGGAUUCUCGGGACCCGCCAUGUUCGACCGCACGCUCAGCCUGGUUGGGAGGUACCGCAAGAUGCUCGACAGCUACUCGCUCAAGACCUCAGGCGUCAACGAUGUCUUCCCAACCCCGAAGGUCAUCUUUGCGACGGGCGGGAUCACGAACGGUGACCAAGCGCUACAGGUCUUGAAUGCUGGCGCCAGCGUCGCUAUGGUUUACACCGGGAUGGUCUACGGUGGCUCUGGCACGAUUACAAGGAUCAAAAAAGAAAUGAGGGAAAAGCUUGCCCUCAAGGAAGCUUGA